AUGCCCAGACGAGACUCAGAGCCCAGUAUCCCCCUCAACGAUUUAUUCUAUUCACAUGACGAGGACGGAACUACGCGAAAGCUUGACACCGACGAUUUGAAGGAGCUCUCCGCGCAGUUUGAGAACACGGUGGCGGCUAAGAAGUGGCUGAUCAAUCAAGCUACUGCAGCCGAAGUCCAACCUUAUCUCGAUAAGUACACCAAAGCUCUGACGUCGAAGCCUCAGACAUUGGAUCAUGAUGUCGAUCCGGACGAACUUGCGAUCAGGACUUACAAGGACAGGUCACUCUGGCUCGAUGAGGCUGAACGUGUGAUGGAGGAUGAUCCGGGUUAUGUCAUCUUCGAUUCGGUUUUGGCCUUUCACGACAUGCUUCACCGACUCGAUGAUCAAGUGGAUGAGGCGAGUCAGCGGUAUGAGGCGAUGUCCAAUACCUCUUCCGAGACCGUUCAGCUGAAUGACAAGACGGCUCAACCACUCUCAAAUGAGAGAGAGGUUGAGACGGGGAAGACGAACGAGACCGUGACGACGAUACAAGGAGGGGACGAGAUGGGAGAUAGCGAGCAAAAUCAGAUCUCUGUCGUAGCUGACGGGGGACUGCGCCAGAAGCUGAAGCACUACCACGCUGAGAUUGAAGCGGCGCAUGAAAGGUACGAAGAAAUAGUCCUUGAAGUAUCGGAGGGAUCCGGCAUUGAUCAGGUAAUGGCUAACGCAUACUUGGAGGAAGUCAAACGCAUGACAGUGGAGCUGGAGAGCAUAUCCGACAUCAUAUCACCAGCAGUAUCUUCCGGUCAAGCAAACGCUGCUGAGACGAAUGUCUAA